GCCAGAGGUCAAGUUCGUGACGACGAACCACCAUAUCACCAUUCCGUUCCUAGGUGGCACGAGCUUCCACAUCAAUUGGUUCAGACUGGUUUGGAGGUCUGCCUAUGUGGCAGUGACCACCGUCUUGGCCACUCUCCUCCCGUUCUCCAACGUCUUUUGGGCCUGAUCGGGGCAGCCUCUUUUUGGCCUCUGACCGUCUACUUUCCGAUCGAGAUGUAUAUUGCUCGAGCGAAAGUUUUGAAACUCUCCUUCAACUGGGUGUGCCUGCAAGCCUUGAGCCUGGCCUGUCUGUUGGUUUCGCUCAUCGCAGCAGCUGGAUAA